AUGUACAAUAAGGCCUGGCAAGAGAUGCAAUCGCAGAAUCAGGUGCUGGUGGCGCCGCGCAAGACUCGACUCGUAUACGGAAUCGGUGAUGGCUGGCCAGUCUGUUCUUUGCGGCUGAGGGACGUCGGGAUCUUCGGGUACGAGGGGGGAACGUCGAUAACAGCCCACCAGCCCACCAGGCUCCCAGCCCACCUAGGACGAAGGGAAAGACAAGAGACGAAAGACAAGAGACGAAAGACAAGAGACAAAACACAAAGCACAAAGCACAAGGCACAAGGCACAAGGCACAAGGCACAAAAUAAACACAAAACGAACCAAGUUACCAGGCCAAAGAGCGGCUCCGCACCAACCACACGAACACAAGGACUCAAGGACACAAAGGCGGGCAGUGAUGGCGUCAGGUCUCCAGCAAGGCUGCGCGCAAUACGAUAACAUGGCAUCAUGCUCCUCGCCCGCCACCGCUUGCAGAUGUGACAAUAUGCGUGACAAUGCGUGCCGCAACCUCUUUCGCCUCCUCCUCCUCGUAUAGCUCCGCCU